UCGUUACUCAGCAAAUUUCCUUGUGCGAGUUUCCAAAAACAUAUUUGAUAGUCUGUGAGCGUAGGAAGCAAUUCGCAGUUGCAUAGUCGUGUGUAUGGUCAAUUGAGUGAACCGAGUUCCCAAUUUGCAAUUGAAGAUGGAGUUUGGGAUUGAAGCGGUGGGAACCAUAGACAACUGUUUCGCAUCCCUUCCCUUACCUCUAAUCCAAACUCUUCACUCCACACGUUCAUCUCCACUUCCUCCAAUUCUCGCUCUCGAGCUUCGUUCUUCCACUCAAUCCUGGUUCGUUGCUUGGUCCGGUGCCACUUCUUCUUCUCCUUCAUCCAUUCAGGUUUCUCAACUAUUUGCCGAUUGCAUUUCCUUGCCGAUUCAUUCUCCCGUUCAAGUUAAAGUUGCUUCUAACAUUCCCCAUGCUUCUUCCGUUUCUGUUGAGCCACACACCGAGGACGAUUGGGAGAUUUUGGAACUUAAUUCAGAACAAGCUGAAGCUCAAAUUCUCAACCAGGUUAGGAUUGUUCAUGAAGGGAUGAGGUUUCCUUUGCGGUUGCAUGGUCACACUGUCAUUACAUUCCAAGUUGUUUCUGUUUUUCCCAAGAAUGCGGUGGUGCAACUCAUGCCAGGAACUGAAGUUGAGGUUGCUCCAAAAACACGCAAAAGAAAUUUGGAUUCAGCAGGAGAUUCACAUCUAGGCUCCUAUAGUAAAGAGAAUACUGCAAAGAUGCUGCUCCGUUUACAAGAUCCAAAUGGGUUAUGUCGGACUAGUACUCAUGUCAAAGGUGUUGAGUUUCACGUAGGGCUUACUUCUGUUGCUUUUGUUCAUCCAGAAACAGCCAAUCGCUUCUCAUUUAACAUGCUUCAGUUGGUUUCCAUAGUGCCAAGAGUAUCCAAAGAGAAAGUUAAUAUAUCCAGAACCAAUAUUAUGAAAGCCAAAAGUGGUUCGGCUGAGAAUGGAGAUACUGGCAAGAAGGAACCUCGACAGGCAGUUGUUCAUCUGCUGACUUCAGAAUCUGUGGCUAAAGGACAUGUAAUGCUAGCUAAGUCUCUUCGCCUUUAUUUGAGAGCUAGCCUGCAUUCAUGGGUUUAUUUGAAGGCGUGUGAUGUUGUUUUAGAAAAAAAUAUUCCUUCCAUUUCUCUUUGUCCUUGUCGAUUCAAACUGUUAUCGCAGAAGAAUGCUGUUGAGAAAGAUAGUCUAGAUGAUUUUCACGACCACAAGAAUUACAUCGACGAGAAAUUGCAUGCAAAACCUGCUUCAGGUGUCUUUUUGGAUACCAUAAAUUGGUCUAUCCACAGUGAAGUUGUUGCGGCUCUUUCUGAUGAAUCCAGUUACAGAGCAGAAGAAGAGGUUGCAAACCCGUCUCAGAAUCAAAAGGGAUUACAAAGUCUUGUACGACUAUGGUAUAUUGCGCAGCUUGAGGCAAUUACUUCCAUUGCAGGGAUGGAAGUUAAUUCAUUGGCUAUGGGUAGUAAAACCUUGCUUCAUUUUGAAUUAAGCUGUUACAAGAUUGGGAAGGAUGAGAAGCUUCAGCUGGCUUCUUUAGAAAACAGUGGCAAGGCAGCUGAAAUGUUAUUUCUCAUGACCUUUGGUGACGAAGAUCUGCAUCAAGGGAAACUUAAUGCAUAUAAAGUUUCUUUUGGUGGAAGACUCGAUAACACCAACAUUGAGGAUCUGAAGCUUUUUGAAAGAAUGAAAUUGGGUGAUCCCGUUUCUAUUCAUUCUAUGGAAGAGAGAGCCUCUGAAGACCACAUUAGUUCAAAUAUCUCUUUCCUCGAUCCCAUGGAGAAAACUGCUUCUGAUGUUAUCAAUAGGAUGUUGGUAUUGCUAUCUUCAGCAUGUGGUUUGUGGUUUGGCUCAUGCAACCUACCACUUCCUGGGCAUGUUCUUAUAUAUGGACCCUCAGGCUCUGGGAAAACCAUACUAGCAAGGAAUGUGGCAAAAUCCCUCGAGAAUCAUGAAGACAUCUUAGCACACGUAAUUUUUGUUUCUUGCUCAAAACUUGCUUUGGAGAAGGUGCCAAUUAUUCGCCAAGAACUUGCAAACCAUAUAACUGAAGCUUUAAACCAUGCACCUUCUGUUGUCAUCUUUGAUGAUCUUGAUAGUAUAAUUUCUACCCCUGAUUCCGAAGGAUCUCAGCCAUCAAUGUCUGUUGCUGGACUCACAGAUUUUCUGGUUGACAUCAUGGAUGAAUAUGGGGAGAAGAGGCGAAAAUCAUGUGGAUUCGGACCAAUAGCUUUCAUAGCUUCCAUACAGUCCCUAGAGAACAUACCACAAUCUUUGAGCUCUUCAGGACGGUUUGACUUUCACAUUAAGCUGCCUGCUCCUGCAGCUUCUGAGCGCAGGGAUAUGUUGAAACAUGAAAUACAAAGGCGGCACCUGCAAUGCGAUGAUGACAUCCUGCUUGAUGUGGCUGGAAAAUGUGAUGGUUAUGAUGGCUAUGAUCUGGAAAUAUUAGUUGACAGAACUGUCCAUGCCGCUGUUCGCCGUUUUCUGCCAUCUAAUGCCAUUUAUGAGCACGAGGGUCCUGCCUUACUACAAGAGGAUUUUUCUCAGGCAAUGCAUGAUUUUCUUCCAGUUGCAAUGCGUGACAUCACAAAAUCUGUUUCUGAUGAUGGCCGCUCUGGAUGGGAUGAUGUCGGUGGUCUUGUUGAUAUUCGAAAUUCUAUUAAAGAGAUGAUAGAGUUGCCAUCAAAGUUUCCAAAAACUUUUGCACGAGCCCCGUUGAGGUUGCGGUCAAAUAUCCUUUUAUAUGGUCCUCCUGGUUGUGGCAAAACUCACAUCGUUGGUGCUGCUGCUGCUGCUUCUUCGCUUCGAUUCAUAUCAGUAAAAGGGCCAGAACUGUUAAACAAAUACAUUGGUGCUUCAGAACAAGCUGUUAGGGAUAUAUUUUCUAAAGCAGCUGCUGCAGCACCAUGCCUACUGUUUUUUGAUGAAUUUGAUUCUAUUGCUCCCAAGAGAGGGCAUGACAAUACUGGAGUAACUGAUCGAGUUGUCAAUCAAUUUUUGACUGAGUUAGACGGUGUUGAGAUUUUAGCUGGUGUAUUUGUGUUUGCUGCAACCAGUAGACCUGAUUUACUUGACGCGGCACUGUUGAGACCGGGUAGGUUGGAUCGUCUUCUAUUUUGUGACUUCCCAUCCUGGCAAGAGAGAUUCGAAAUUCUUACGGUACUUUCUAGAAAGUUACCAAUGGCCAAUGAUAUUGAUUUGGCUACAGUAGCUAAUAUUACUGAGGGAUUCAGUGGAGCUGAUCUCCAAGCUCUCCUCUCAGAUGCGCAGCUUGCAGCAGUUCAUGAUAUUCUGGACAAUAUUGAUGCGUCUAGGUCAGACAAAACACCAGUUAUUACUGAUUCUCUUCUAAAGUUGACUGCAUCCAAGGCCAGACCAUCUGUUUCAGAGGAAGAGAAAAGACGACUCUACAGUAUUUAUCGCCAGUUCCUGGAUUCAAAGAGAUCUGUUGCUGCUCAGUCAAGGGAUGCAAAAGGCAAGAAGGCAACUCUAGCGUGACAAUCAAGUAAUACAGUGAAUUUGUUGAUGCAGCUAAAGCUGCUCUUUGGUAUUCUUUUUCCCCUGAAGCUGCCUUUUUUGUUCAUUUAUACCUUACUAUUGUAAAUUUGUACAGUAGUCAGAUUGAUGUUCAAUUCAUUACUUGCAAUAAUGCGAAUUCUCAAGCAGCGCGGGAAUAAUAUAUGGAGAAAAAAAAUGCGUCUCCAGUUUUUUUUCCACCUUAAAUUUGUUUUCAGUCGUGAAAUUACAAGGCUUAUUGGGCAGGGGAUGACUAGAGUAAAAUCCUCGAGGAGAAAAAUUAGAUGGAAGGAAUCUAUGAAUUGAUAACAAAAUCAUGUAUAAAUUUAAUGCAGAAUGUACUGCCCUUGUCCUGGCACAGAGAAGUUAAUAUGCUUUGUGGAUUUGUCGUCUGUUUCAUUACUUGGCAAGUUGGUUUAUGCAGCAGCUUAUGUUAGAAACUGUGAAGUUGCCGCAGACUUCUGCAGAAAAUUUCAGCUGUUGACUAUGGUGUCAAUUUCGAUCCAGUUUCCUCUUUCCUCCUCGUAUAUGAGAAGAGCUGCAAGGUUACGGCCGCACAGUUUCUUGGGAGCACUAAAUCUAUUCCAAAAUAUUUCCCAGAAUGUUUUACGAGAUAAGUUUAUAUAAUAAGUUAAUCUUAAUAGGUAUAUGGUUUUAUAAAAUCAAGCGUUAUUACUUCAUAUUUUUGGUUUUUUAUUAUUUUGUUUAGAUUCAAUUAAUAAACAUUGUUAAUGCAAUUUUUUUUUACAUUGUUUGUUAAUUACAAUUCUUAGAUAUAUUUGACUUUUA